AUGUCACAAGACAAUAAUAAUAGUGACACCUUCUUGUCUCGAGUGUUCGGCCUUCAUUCUGUGUACAAUCAGAUACAAGAUAAUUAUCAAUAUUAUGACCCUGAUAUAGAUAACGAGUCUAAUGAUGACAGCGAUCUGAAAGAUGUUGGCGGCUCCGAAGGGAAUGGUGGAACUAAGGUAAUAAAUACCAAUACAAAUGCAUUAUUAGAUUCCGAGUCUGAUCUGGAUCUAUCUCUGGCAUCAUCACAGUCGCCGUCGAUGGCGUCUUUUAAGAACACUUCGCAACAUCAUACAACAAAGGACCAACUUGAUUGGGAAAACUUGGAUAGAAGAGCUUAUGACGAUAAUGGUGAUGUUGGUGAAAAUGAUGGAAAUAGUGCGGAAGAAAGUUAUGAUAGCCAUAGAGAGGCAGAUGAUUUGCUCACUUCAUUAAAUGAGCUACCGAAACGAGAAAGGAAAUUACAUUUUAGUAUUCCGAAAGUGAAGCAUGCUAAGAAGUUCAUCAUGAAUAAGUUACAAAAUGAUGAGACAGGGUCUUCCUCCCUUCCUUUGUAUAAUGAACCUCAGCUGUUUCGAAAGCCUAUGAACAGCAAUCAACCCUCGAUUCAAACAAUCUACCAACAAAAGAAUCGUAGAAGGAUAGUGAUUCCACCAAAGGAGAGGGCAUUAUAUUUAUGGGCCAACAUUACCAAUAUGGAUGAAUUUCUUAGUGAUGUUUAUUAUUAUUAUAGAGGAAAGGGGUUAAUGAAUAUAAUCAUUAGCAGUUCUGUUGACCUUGUAAUAUUGAUAUUCAUUCUCGGCUUCACAGUAUUUUUAAAAUGGGGAAUAAACUAUAACUUUUUCCUUUAUGAGUGGUCAAGUAAUUCCAAUGAACCGAUUACUUUGAAGGACUUAAUUAUUCCUAAUUUCUUAAGCACGAAAAUCCCUCUUUCAAUCAAAUUUCUAUUGUUUGGAUUCUCAUGUUAUGUGCUAUUGAGGCUCAUUCAAUUAUACUAUGAUUAUAGUUAUAAAUUGAAGGAAAUUCGAAACUUUUAUAAAUAUUUGAUCGGAAUUUCGAGCGACGAUGAAUUAAUGACCAUUUCGUGGUCGACAAUUGUGGAAAGAUUGAUGUUGUUGAAGGAUUACAAUAGCUUGACGUCAACUAACACAAAGAUCCCUCCCCAUUAUCUUAAUGAUUUAAAAUCUAAAGUAAGAUUGAAUGCACACGAUAUUGCAAACAGAAUUAUGCGAAAGGAAAAUUAUAUGAUUGCAUUGGUAAACAAGGAUAUUUUUGAUUUAUCUAUUAACUUACCUUUCUUACCUUCAUCGAUAAAUUCCUUUUUUUCAAGCAAAUCAGUCUUGACAAGAACCCUUGAAUGGAACUUAAAAUUAUGUAUUAACAAUUUCAUUUUCAAUCAUCAAGGACAAAUCAACUCCUUUAUAUUAAAGGAUGUCAACAGAAAUCAGCUUUCACGAGAAUUGAGCUCCAGAUUCAAGAUGGCUGCAAUCAUCAAUUUGCUUUUAUGUCCAUUCAUUGUCAUUUAUUAUGUCUUGCUUUAUUUUUUUCGUUAUUUCAAUGAAUAUAAGUCAAAUCCUUCUUCAUUGUUAGGGUUGAGGCAAUAUACUCCUUGGGCAGAAUGGAAAUUAAGAGAAUUCAAUGAGCUUCCACAUUUUUUUAUUAAAAGGUUGCACUUAUCAAUUGGUCCAGCCAACACUUAUAUUAAUCAGUUUCCAAGAGGUUUCGUCGUUACUAAUAUGAUGAAACUAAUCAACUUUAUUGCAGGAGCAAUAACUGCAGUUUUAGUCAUCAUGGGAUUAUGGUUAGAAGACGAAGAGCACAACUUCUGGUCUUUUGAAAUAACUGAAAAUAAGUCCAGCUUGUUUUACAUUAGCUUGUUUGGAACUUUGUGGGCAAUAACUUCCAAUUCAAUAAAUGUUUCCACGUCAUCAAACUCAUCGGAGAACCUAAAUUCUAAUUCAUCUUCUUUCUUCUAUGACCCAGAGGCCAGCCUUCGAUAUGUUUCACAAUUUACCCAUUAUCUUCCAAGUUCUUGGAAUAACCGCUUAUAUACCGUUGAUGUCAAGAACGAAUUUUGCGAACUAUUCAGCUUAAAAAUAAUCAUUAUUGUUAAUGAAAUAUUGAGUCUCAUUUUGACUCCCUUUAUUCUCUGGUUUAAAAUUCUGAAUAGUUCUGGUGCAAUUAUCGAUUUCUUUAGAGAGUUCUCGAUCCAUGUCGAUGGUCUUGGAUAUGUUUGUUACUAUGCUAUGUUCAAUUUUGAAGAAAAGGACAAAAACAUGAUGUUUGACAUCAAUAAAAGAAGACGUCGGAAGAAAUCGCCUAAGAAAUACAACCAGAGACGGCUCUCUGAUGAUAUUCCUCUUGAUAAUGUUAAGUCCAAACGUAAAGAAAAAGCUAAGCUCACUGAUACGGAAUCAAACACAGAUUCAAGUGACGCUGAAGAAGAAUACUUCAGCCAUUAUCAAGAUGAGAAAAUGAUAAAAUCAUAUAUGUACUUUUUAGAGUCAUAUGGAGGCGCAAAUGGAAAGGGACAACCUAACGGUGCAUCAUCGCCAUCAAUAAAUAAAAAGCGGCGAUCUACUCAAUAUCAGCCUGGUGCUUCUCAGAAUGAUGCCAAAGGAAUGGCGCAAUCUAACUUGGAUCCUUCACCGUCAUUAUUAUAUCAAGGAGCUGGCUCUUCAAGUCCUAUACAUCUGAACAACUUAAAUCAGAGCAUCAGCGAGUCUGCGUAUAAUAUCAACUAUAAGUUUGAUGAAAAUGAUGAAGAAUCAAUCAGGGAAGGAAGGAAAUCUGGCGUUCUAGGAAUGUUGAAUCAAUUCUAUAAGCAAGAUAUGGGCGUAUAA